GGGAGAAAUGGUCAGAAACGCGCGGUCUCUCGGUGAGAGCGUUUUAACGUUCAUGUUGCUUCUCAGCUAGAGCUGAGAAGGGAUAGGGCAUAAUAAAUAACGAACGGUGUGCGUAAAAGGGAAAGAAAUAAAACAAAGGUAAAAGAAAAGAAACGCAGAAUUUUUCGGGAUGUGUUGUGUACGAGUUGAACGAGGAGAAAAUGUAGAAACGAAAUAGAAAUUGAGUGAACGUAUACAUGUGACGAGGUACGGUGCAAUUGCGUGUCAAUUGAUUUGGAAGUGCGAGAGCGGAAUACGGUGUUACGGCAAAAAAACGGCGUUCAAAAUAUGGUGAAUAUGGAGGGUUCGGGCGAGCAGCAUACCGUGACAGCUUCGCCGCCGCCACGGGCUGCCCUGAAGAGCAACUUUAGCAUCCGCAGUAUCUUGCCUGAAGCGUGUGCCGGGACUCCCGCGCCGUCGGUCAGCCAGUCGGAUUUGUCCGACAUAGGUCCCGCCGACGACAGCGAUGAUUGCAGUGAUCUCGAUGUUACCGGUGGUGGUGCGGAAACGCCGCCCUUGGACUGUUCCACGAGCGCAACGUCCGUUAGUCCGAUAAGCCAAAAGGAUUCGAAAGAGCAGGCGGAGGAUAAAAAGAAGGCGGAGAAACCACCAUACAGUUAUAACGCGCUAAUCAUGAUGGCUAUCCGACAAAGCCCCGAAAAGCGACUUACCCUGAAUGGCAUUUAUGAAUACAUAAUGCGCCACUUUCCGUACUACGAAAAUAAUAAGCAAGGCUGGCAGAACUCUAUUCGGCACAAUCUAUCUCUGAACAAGUGUUUCGUCAAGGUACCUCGCCACUAUGACGAUCCGGGAAAAGGCAACUAUUGGAUGCUGGACCCAAGCUCCGAGGACGUGUUCAUCGGGGGUGCUACGGGAAAACUUCGGCGUAGAACUACGGCGGCUUCCAGAUCCCGACUGGCGGCCUUCAAGAGAAGCGUGGUACUCGGCGGUCUUUAUCCGUCGCCUUACGCUCCGCCAGGAUGGCCGGCGUCGCUCUACGCUCUACCUUCGUCGCUUUGUCUUCAUCGCGCCGUUGCGUAUCCUCCAGUGACCGCCGGCUCUUAUACCACUCCCGCCGGGUAUCCGGCCAGUUUGCUGCCAGGCGCGACUACAUCAUCGGCUGCAAGCUUGCCUUGCAAACCUCAACCUCUCCCAGCAACGGCGGCACCUCCGACUCAUGGAGCGUUCUCCGUGGAAAGGUUACUGCAAGCACCUACUGGGUAUCCCGGCGGCAUCAGUAUUCCGACGUCUGGAAUCUCGCCUACGGGAAAUCCUUAUCAGGAUUUCUAUAGUACCCUACGAUCUAUUACGAUACCACCGAUACCAGCGUCGAUAUUCCAUCAGCAAUCCAGAUAUCAUCUCGGUCAAACACCUCAAGUUCUAAGUCAACCUCCCUCUAGUACGGCUUCGCCUGGAAGUAGUCCGGAACCAAUGGCUCCGCAUUCGCCACCAGUUACCGUCUGCAAUUCUGUCCAGCCGUCGAGACCGCUUCCUCACAGUCCGCCGCAACUCCUUCUAAAGCCCAUCACGGUUCUCACUGGCCGACAAAGCUGAAUUGAGAUCUAAUCGUAAUCUUCAAACACGCCCAUCUCCGAGAAGUGCAGCACGAUCUCAUACUCCCUGCAUGUAAAAAUUCUGUCAUUUCGUCAAAUCUUAUAGAUAUAAAUGUAGUCAUUGAAACUCUUGAUGAAUUUAGCUGGACUAAAUUUCUUCUGAAGUUUAUAAUUUUUUUUUUUUUUUAACAGCGUUUAGUUAAACUAUUUCGCAACAAAGUUAUAGCUAUACAUAUAUGAGAAAUCUAUUUCUCGAGAGGAAUUUAAAAUUAAUCGAUAUGUUAAAUAAUAUAUAGUAUUUAAAGGAUGAAAUCCUUUUGCGAUUACAGUAUUCUCGAUGCUAAUACCAGUGAUUGUACUCAAUUUGUAUAAUUGUCAAUAAUUGCGCGGUCGAUUUGUACUUGAACUCGUCUCCUUGAAUUUGUAUAUACUUUCUCUCGUACACGAUACGUUGCUUCUCUUGUAAAUAUUAUAUCAUGUCAAAUGACAACAUCGAUAGAACAUUAUCAAAAUGUGAAUCUUGAGAUUGAAUCUCAACGACUUGCGAGACAGAAACAAGAAUAGUAUAAUGUGACUUAUAAAUAUAUAGUUAUACAUAUAGAUAAAAUUUUACUUGUGAUCUCUCUUUUGUGGUCCUAGUAUGUACAGCAUUGAUUAAUCGAUAAUUAUGUAUAGCCGGAUUUAUAGAUAAUUAUUCGUAACCUGUUAUUACAAUGUGUACAUAUAGAAAUUAUUGUUACUAAAAAUAUUACAAACAUUAUACAUAUAUGUA